AUCAAUCGUAUUUAUUUCAAUAUAAGUAUUUAGUAUUAUCAUAAUUAUAUGAGCGUGAGAACCUUUACAAUAAAGUAAUAACUUUUCUUAAUAAGUAAACUGGACAUGCGCAGUCGAUCUCAAAGAUGCGGUUGAUCGGGUGUGCAUUCACUUGGUAUAGAAGAUAACAUUUCCUGAACGCGAAAUCAACAUAACUUAUUCGCCGGCAAGUUCUAUGUAUUGUAUAGCUGAGCCUGCUAAACCUUAUUAAGUCUGUUGCACGCGCCCACUCAACGACAUGUUAUAGCUAAAAAAGAAAGCAUCAUAUACUAUCAUACUACUAAUAAUCAUGAAAAAAAGAUAUUUCAAUAAAAACACUAUUUUUAAAAAUCAUUCAGGUGAUUAACUUAUCAAAAAUUAUAGAUUGGUCUGUAUGUGCUCUACUUAAAAAUCUUUUGUGACAGAAAGGAAACUAGAAACCUACUUUCUUAAUGUAACAAAUCACCUACAACCUACAUCGAAUAAUAUUCAAAUGCUAAAACUUUUAUCAAUUGAAUUGAAAUUGCUGUAUAAUAAUAUUCAAUUUAAAUGAUUGUUAAAAAUGUAGGAGAAAAUUAAUUAAAAAAAAGCUCGAAUCAUUAUCAACAUCAUCAUCAUCAUCACUUCAAAGACUUUGGAGCAAAACUAGUGUAAAUAAGUAAUUGAAGUCUAGAAUGAACAAAGUGUGUAGGUGGUAUCCUAUAAUGUAAAGUGAUCUUCUUUUUAUUAUUUGCUUAGUCUCAUCGUUAUUACGUGUUAUAGUCACUAACAUACAACAGAUAUAGUGGAUCGUGCUGUUUAGUUUAUUCAGAGUGAAAGUACAAAUUCUCGAUGCUUAACUUUAGAAUCAGUCGCACCGCGACGGCUUCUCUGGUUGGAUCGAUCCUGUGCCUUGGCCCUCUUGAUGGCCUCGGCUUUAAUUUCAAAUAAAUAAUUAUUAAUUAAUUAUUAAUUAUUUCUUUGAAAUGUUUUGAUUUUAUUUAUUAUUUUUUAAUUGUAUCAACUUGAUGUGUAUGAAAGAAAUUCAUGGAAUAAUUAAAUGUCAACCGUGAUUAUAAGUGAACUUUAUAAAUGAUAAUAUUGUAAAACCAGUUGUUAAAUUUGUGUGGUAAUGUCAUUAUUAUUUUGUUUUUAUUUUAAAAUUAUUUUACACAGUGUAUUUUAAAAGUGAUAUUCCAUAUGGAGUUUAUGAGAUUGUUUAGGAAGUUUAUAUAUCAACAAGACUGUGCAAAAAACAAGCCAAAAACUGGAAGUUACAAUAAAUCAUCCUCCAACUAAAAAUGGCCAGGCAACAGACAACAGACCGGAACAUCCCUCAUCUGAGGGACAUCUUUGGUUUCGGCAACAAGUGGGAGACGGGACGUGGGCAGACCGAAGAGAAAGCCUUAGGUCACGACAGCGCUGUAUCAGUGGGAUCAACAUCAGGGGAGGAAGAGAGUCCGAAGAACAGCAAAAAAAAGAAGUCUCGCCGCCGAGACAACAGCAAAACUCUAACCGAGAGCGACGUAAAGCAUUUAGAGCGGCACCUGUCGAUGAAGAAGACUAUCCGGAAGAAAAUAAUGCGUGAUUUGCAACAGGCGUUUGUUGAAGAUCCUAAUGAAUUUAGAGUUGAUGAUAUUCCACCAGAACAAUUGAAAGCCGAAAUUAAUAUUCAAAGUCUUAGCUUUGGUACACCAUCUCAAAAACAAGGACGUUCUAGAGGAAACACUGAAAAUACUUUCUUAGAUAUGCUACGAGCUGGUGGAGGAUUCGCAGAAGGAACCACUGAUGGAGAUCAAGAUUCUGGUCAUGGAGGUUCUCCAACAAGAGAGCCAGUUACUCAUGAUACUGAUGAUGAAUCAAGCUUCUCAUAUGACACUUCAACUGCAACACCUACUAAAAAAAGUGGCGCUUUCUGGAGACGUUUUACUAUGAAGAACCGAAAUAAACGAUAAAUAUAAAUACUUGACUAAGAGUCGAAUGAAAAAUAAUAUUUUCCAUAGAGCAUUAACUUACUUAAUUCCUUAUUAAUUCAUUACUCUUUAAAAUGAAUUUUAGAGCUGAGCUUACGACUGUGAUAUACGUAAAAGAAUCUGAUGUUCCCUGCACUCUAGAUUUUGAUACCCAUUUUAAAUACAUUUUACAGUCUCAUAGAAUUGAUUUAAUUUUUAUAUCAAAUCAUUUCAAAGCCAAUUCCUUUUAAUAUUUAUCAAUAAUAACAUUAAUAAAUGUUCAUAAUAACGAGGAUGAUUAUAAAAACGACGAUCUAUAUUGUAUUUUUAUCCAUGAAAAAAUCAGUAACUGUUUCCGACAUACUUUCUUCAAUUGUAUAAAAAAUAAUUUCCAUCAAUGUACCAAGCAAAGGAAUAAUCAAUUUUUUAUAAAAUUAUCUUACUUAAAUUUGCACGUAAUAAAUUGUUAUGAUUAAUUAUUAUAUUAUCAUUUUAAGAUUACUUAUUAAAGUGAAGAAGGUGAGAGUUUGUUCUGAUUGUUAUGAAUUUAAAUGGUGAAAUGACAUCAAGUAAAAUGAUGGAUUACUUACAUAUAUAUAUAUUUAUACAUUUGUGUAUGCAGUUAUGAUAUAAACUAUAAUUAGUUUAAAGUAUACAUUAUUAGUAUUAGCUAGUCACAGUGUGGAAAUGUAAAAUAUGCAAUCAAUUGUUGGAGUAAAACAUGAUAAAAUUAAAACAAUGAUAAUAAAAAAAUUAUUAUUAUUUUUUUUAUUGUUAUAUGUGAUACAAUAAGAUUUUUCUAGGUGUUAUUUCCGAAAAAAAUCCAAUCAUAUUUUUCGUAUUAAUUGCAAUCCAAUGUAUUUUCUAUGAGCGUAUUAUAUCUAAUAAUUGUCAUUGUAUAAGGCAAUUGACAAAAUAAAUAUAAAAAUUUUAAAUACAAUGUA